GUUCUUUCUGUAGCGUGCCGUUCGCGAGCGCACAUGUUUUCAAACACUGCGAGGCUCAACGGUGUCGGGUGACAGACUCCGCCGCCUGCUACAAAUAGCUCUCUGACGCAUUCGCUGUGAGCGUGCAGGUCGUGCAGCAGCAAAACAUCAGAGCUUCCACUUUCAUUCUUCCAGCAAGCGAGAUGAAGUGCGGCGCGGUGGCAACCUGUGACGUCUCGCGUUUGCUCAGCGUUUGGGAAUCGCGCGCCCGGAAGCAUCGGCAGCGGGAGAAGAAAGAGCAGCAAAGAAAAGAGAGGAGCGCCCUGCCAAAGAUCGAGCAACGGUGGCAGUAUCGCCUCUAUUGCCGGACGCUCGACACGCAUCAACGCCACCUGCUCAACGACGACCCGCCAACGCCCGCGCGCGACACACGCACAGACGUUUUGGCCGACAGCGAUGCGGGCCAUGAGAGCGCCUUGUCCUUUCGUCUGUCCGGGGAGCAGUGGAAGGAUUUGCCGAAAGAUCUGGAAUGGAAGACGUUUUUGCUGGAGUGGCACGUGAGUGGCACCAAAAUCCAGAAGCUUCCCGACUAUUUAGCGUCCUUCAGCCUGCUGAGGGUUUUGGAACUGUCCAAGAACAAACUAGCCCUGCUGCCUCCUGACAUCGGAAAACUGGGCCACUUGCGCCGGCUCAACAUCAGCUACAACCGACUGUCUUGCGUUCCCGCCCAGCUGGGGAUGUGCCGCAGCCUGGAACGGCUGGAGCUAGCUGGAAACCGCAACCUCUCCGAGCUGCCUUUCGAGCUGAGUUCUCUGAAGCAUCUGGCUCACCUGGACAUUGCGGAGAACGAGUUUGCAUCAAUCCCCGUGUGCGCUCUCAGGAUGAGCUCGCUACAGUUUCUCGACCUCAGCAACAAUCGACUCAUCGACCUGCCAGAGGACAUGGAUAGGUCGCAAGCACGUGUUUGGGUUGCGUGCGCGUGUUUGUUUCAAUUCGUGUGUGUCUGUGUCAGGCUGAAGGAGCUGGUGACGUUGUUCGUGCACAAGAACCGCCUUACGUACCUUCCUCACUGCCUCACCAACAUCUCAACGCUCAAAAUGAUCGUCGUCAGUGCCGACCAGCUCGUUUGUGUACCCACGAAACUCUGCAGCAACCCGGGCAUCAAGUUCAUCCGUCUGUACGACAGUCCCGCCAGUGGCAAGACGACGGAAGACGGCGGUGAGGAGCCGAAGGACGGCAGGGAGAAAGAAUUCAUGGACGCUUACGUCAACACACUGAAGGACAGAGAGGACACGCCUUACUCCACCACCAAGGUGACCAUUUCCUGUGUGCUGUGACCACACUCACCGGGGAAGCGCCGGAUCAGUUAUGCUAAAUCGGAUUGAUCCGUCGUCCAUCUCGAAGAUUUAUCACAUUAACUCGGCAUGUCUGCUUCAGGAAUUUUCCCAACUGCCCAGAAUCUUUUUUUUUUUUUUUUUAAAGGGGCGGGAAACUCAUUCCCAAAUAUAAUUUCCAAGGUUUGCUGCUGAAAAUAUCAAAUUAGUGCUGCUAGUAAAGAACAUUCAAGUCUGAGCAAGAAAAUAUCGCUUGAUGUCUGCUUUGUUAGUUUCAAUUGCAAUCAAAUCUUCAACGAUCUCAAACAUUCAUCACCGAACUGAUCUGUAGUCCACCUGAAGGCGUGUAUGGGCAAGAAACAUUGCAAUUCCCCUGAAGGGGGCGCUAAAUUGCCAACUCCCCAUACAGUAAUAAACGUAGCGUAGCGGAACUUUUGUAUCAUGAGUGUUUUUUUUUUUAACUUUGGGGCAUAUUUUGUCAGGGUAUGACUGUGGCAUUUAGAUUUGAAUGCUGCUUUUUAUUCAGUGUGUUUGUUUUUUAAUCCUCUUCUGGUGUCUGUAAUAUUCCUAGUCGUCUUUGCACAGUUGCUUUCCUUUUAUUUAAAUUCAUCUGAUAAGCGUUAAGGAAUGCAUUAUUCAUAUCAAUUGAGGAUCCACAGCAUUUUUUUUUUUUCUUAUUGGUUGGCUGGUUUAAAACUGAUGGCUUUUACACUUGUGUCGAAACCUUAUCUGACUUUUUUUUUUUGCUUUCGUGGAGGAGCAAAUACUGUUUUUUUUUGGAAAGUGUGAAUUGUGCCAAUGAAGAUGAGCAGUGUGUGAAUGAAUGUCAAUAGAAGGAAAAGUGCAUCUUCCAACUUGACAAAUAAUAAACAUCGUUUCUUGACAUUCUGUUAAUGGUUCCUGUGAAGGAGUUGUCCAUCUUUUCCGGUUGUCAAAGAGCUUGUGGGACGAUUUUCGGAAUCAUUUAUCUCGAGCAAGCCAUUCUUCCUUUGUCUUUUGACAUAUUACAUUGGCGUACGUAAGAGCUGUAAGUCUUGAGAAAUGUUUCAAACACAUACAUUGGUGACCUCUGCUAUUUAUUUUAUUAUUCUAGGAGAGAGAGAUGCAUUUGUAGGACGACAGAAAAUAUUAGGAUUGUAUUUUUCUGUUAUUCUUCUAUUCUUGUAAUUAUUUUUACUGAAUAAAAAAAAUGUCAAUUGUGAA